CUAUUCUUUAUUAUUCUAAUUAAAUCAGAAGUUUAAUAUUAUCACUUGAACAACUUAACCAACAUUUAUAAAUAAAGUUAAUACACGAAAUUAGUUUUGUACUUUGAAAAUACCCGCAUAUUUAGCAAGUAUAAUGUUUCAGUGCUCCACAAGUUCGAACAGAGCUUUUCAUCGGAAAAUUCUUACGAAUUUGGUCAGCAAAACAUGUAUCAUAGAUGAAAAUAAAUAUGACACAUUUUUCGCGUGAUUUUACAUUUAACUAUUAAUAUUAUCAAUUUAUAUCAAAAAUUUCUUAAAAAUUAAAAAUUGUUUUACUUGCGAUAUAAAAAUUUCAUAAAUAAAACUUCUUUUUGGACUAAUUUAAUAUACUGCAUAACAGAACUACUUAUUAACCUCAAAAAGAAAAAUAUUGAUAACACACAAAUGGAUGUUUGGAGUUGUAUGAUAAUAUUGUUUUAAAAUAAUUUAUCAUUACUUUAUAAAUGUGUUCAGUACAGUGUUAUCUUAUGUUAAUUUGGAAAAGAAUUAAGUAAUAACAAAAUAUAAUCACAGUUAAAUAGUAAAUAUAGAUACGUGAAAAUGUAUAAAUUAUUGUGCCAAAGAUUUAUUUAUCGGAAUAAGUCUACAUUCUCUUCUACAUACAUUCGUAUACAAUAUAAAAGUGAAACAAAACAAAAAUUAGAGAAAAGCAGAGUGUCCAAUGUGAAAACAUAUUGGUUUAAUAGAUACAUAAAUUAUAUUAAAAAUUAUGAUCGUGUAUUGGAAAAGAAUUUUCCACAAACUAUGCAAAUAUAUAAAGUAUUUGCUACUGGUACCAAAGACUUUAUGGGGGAAGUGAUAAAAUAUGUCACCACAAUACAGAAACCAAGUACUAGUCUGACAACAAAGGAACUGCAACUAACUUAUACAAUGCGCAGAGACUUAAUAAAAAUGUGCCCCGUUUUAUUAAUAUCUGCUGUCCCCUUUACAAAUUAUGUUCUAUUUCCUUUAAUAUAUUAUUUCCCGAGAUAUUUUCUAACUUCUCAUUAUUGGACUCCACAACAAAAGCUUGAUUUUAUGGUAUUGGACCACAAAAAACGAUUAAAACACAAUAGACCGUUAUUUAGAUGUAUGCAAACAGAACUACUCAAUAUUAAAAAUAAAUCAUUGAAAGCAAAGUGGAACAGCAUUAUUGCAUGCCUUGGUAGCGGCACACAUCCCCACGUGGAAGAUAUUAUCACCUGUUCUGAAUUAUUUGCUGGUCAACCAUACGCAAUAGAUAAUCUUAAACGCAAGCAUAUAAAAGAAUUAUUAGCUAUACAUGGUAUACCCACAUGGAGACCUUUCAGAAAACAGAAGUUGAUUGAAAGAGGUAUGUUUAUAAAACAAAUGGAUGAAUCCAUACAAAGGGAAGGAGGAGUUACAAUAUUGUCAGAAGAUGCAAUAUGUUGGGCACUUUCAUUUAGAGGUCUUAAUCCUGCGAAUAUGUCGAUAGAAAAUAUGCAAAAGUGGCUUACACAAUGGUUUAUAGUAUCAAAUAAUGUUAAUGAAAAUACGAUUUCAUUAUUAUUGCACUGCCCCAUACUAUUGGCAUAUAAUCACCCCACAAAUUGGAUUCUCAUAUAUAGUUAAUGUGAUAUUCAUAAAAAUUUGUUAUAUAUAGCAAUUGUAAUUUUAAUAUUUAUUUAUGAUUGAAAAGCACUCAUAAAAAUUGUUCCUUAUCACAUAAUAUUUGCUAUUUUAUUAU